AUGUCAGAACUUAUCAGGAGUGGUGCAGACGUAAACGCAACAGGUCCCGAAUUAAGUGCACCCUUACACUUAGCAGUCCGUACACCAAAAAGCGAGCAUAGGAGAUCCAUUAUAGCGAGGCUCCUUGAAGCAGGAGCAUACGUUAAUUCGAAAGACAGCGAGGGCGCGACUCCUCUCCACUAUGCUGUGCGAAACAAAGACGCCGAACUAGUCGAGUGGCUUCUGGAAGCUGGAGGUGAUCCAACGGCGGUAGAUAACUUUGGCUCCUCCCCGGAGCUAACUGCAGCGCUUUUUGAUUUCCGUGAUAUACGUCUUUUGUUAGGAAAGCCCAGAUCUAUUGAGAGGCCAAACACAGCCCCUUCGUACCAACCAAUUCGGCCUUCAGAAUCGGACGAUCAACGAGCAAAAGUAUGCAAAGAUUUCAAAGGUGUAGUGCUUCACUGGACGAAAAAUGAUAGCUGUGAAAGGAAGAUGUCAUCUAUGAAACCUACUGUGUUUGAUAUGUUGUACGGCGACAUACUUACGGAAGAGUAUCAGAACCAUGCCACAGAAUGGCUGCGGUGGUUCCACCUACCUGCUACAAAUGAAUUAUGGACUGAACACCUGGCCAAGUCCAUGUGCAACGUGGACCGCAAUCCGCCGGAAGACUGCGAGCACGGUACCGUCGGAGAAAAGAAGACCGAACAAGAGGGCGGCAAUGGCUCUUUCCCAGAUAGAUGGAAUCUACAGGGUCAGGGUAUUUCUGACAAGAUUUCGCGGAAGCUUCCAGGGACUAGAACGAUAGAUGAUGCCAUCGAGAACAUCGCAGGCAUCUGCAUCAACCACAUUGAAGAACCAAUUCCGGGGAAACAAACGUCAAUUAUCGAUGUGUAUGAGCACGCAAUUGCAGCUGUUGUAGCAAGUGAAGUCAUGGAAGGGUACAAGCAAUUCGAGAAGUCAGUCGGAUUGUCAUACGAAACAAUCCAGUCAGAAGUUAAAAAUGAAGCUAAACUUCUGGUAGAGAUAAACGAUAUUCUGGACGAGGUCGGCAUGAUCAGGAACGUUCUGAGUGCUCAAAAGUAUUUCAUGCAACUUGAAGAGAACGCAAGCAGAGUGCAGCGCUUAGUAUGUCGCAUGCAAAACAAAUAUAGCUUCACAGUUAUCACCGCUCUUUUCGUUCCUCUAUCAUUCACUGAACAACUAUUGGCUCUUCCAAUUCGAGAGUAUGGGGAUGAAUUCCCGGCUAUGCUGGUGGUACAAAUAGCUGUGAGAACUGAUGAUUGA